CUAACUGAAGAUUUCGAAUUUCAUAAAAUCUUGUUAAAUACAAAAGAUUGGUUUGAUGACGAAAUUCUAGAUAAAUGGGAAUUAAUUAAUUUGAAAUUUAUUUGUGUUGCAAAUGAAGUAGUUGAGUUGAGUGAGUUUGAUGAUUUUGACGAUUUUGAUAUAAGUUAA